AUGAAGUUUUCUUCAAAUAUUUCUCAGUACGAUCAUGCCAUAGUUCUUGGUGGCAGUAUUGGAGGAAUUGUAACUGCAGCUUACUUGUGUAAAUAUUUUAAACGAAUAACAAUUAUCGAAUCGGAUGAUGUACUAAAUGAUAUAUUCAUGAAAUCUACAUCUAGUGAAAUAUUAGAUUAUCGUUGCCGUCUUGAAAGUCCAACAUCACUAGGACGUUCAGGUGUUAGUCAAAUAUAUCAAAUACAUGGACUUCAUAGUGAAGGAUAUAAAAUAUUACUCGAAUUAUUUCCGCAAUUAAAAGAUAAAUUAUUCAAUGAAUAUGAUAUUCGUACUUAUUCAUUGAAAACCGAAUGUAGACUCAUGAAUAGCGGUGUAUUGUUAAAUCAAGAUUUAACUGAAGAUUUUGAUUGGUUGGGUAUUGAUCGUUUUACAUUAGAAAUAGUUUUGAGAAAAGAAUUAUGUUUGAAAUUUGAUAAACAAAUUGAAUGGAAAUAUAAUACAAGAGUAACAGAUUUAAUUGUUGAUCAAUCAUUAAAUAUUGUUAAAGGUAUAAAAUAUCGAUCGAAGAAAAAUAAUAAUUCAUUAUCAUUUGAUAUGUAUGGUGAUUUUAUUAUUGAUUGUACUGGUCGAAAUACAUCAUCACCUAAAUGGUUAAAGAAGAAUUUCAAUUUAAUUAUACCAACUGUACAAGUACAUUUUGGUUGUGGCUAUGUUACAUUUAUUGGUGAAAGAUUUAGAACUGAUGAUCCAUCGCUCGAUUCAGCAGCGAUUAUUGGUGCUGGAGUUGACUCCCCUAAUAAAAAUACUGGAUUUAUUACAACUCCAAUACGUAUAAUAAAAACAAUCGAUAACAAUUCAUUAGGAAUACUAGCAACAUUUGGUAUAGAUUGCGUUAACUUCGAAUAUCCACCAAAUGAUUCAUAUGAAAAUUUAUUAGAAUGGACAAAAGAAAAUCUAGAUUCAGAAUAUUAUACGAUACUGACAAAAAACAAAAGUAAAAAAUGGCCUCAAAAUUAUAUAUUAUUAGGUGAUGCAAUGUGUACAUUUAAUCCUCAAUAUGCACAAGGUAUGACACAUGCAUUUAGACAAGCAAGAGAAUUGGAGAAAUUAUUUGGCGAGAGUUGCCAUAAAUUAAAAGAUAUUUCUCAUAUUUUUAAUCGUCGUGCUUCAGUAAUUACUGAAGAAUGUUGGCUUGCUUCGACUGCAAAUGAUUGGAAAUCACCGUCAUUAAAAGUGAUCGAAACAAAUAAAAAUGGUGAUGUUAAAGUUUAUCAACGAAGUAGUGAUUCGACUAUGACAAAUCAUCCUCAGCCACGAGCAACUUUAAUGAUGCGAUUUAUGCAAUGCUUUAAUAUGGAAAUUCAUAAUAGAAUUACUGAAAAUUUUGAUACAACAAUUUGUUUACGUCAAAUAAACAGGAAAUAA